AUGUGUCCCAUCUGUGGCCAACUGCCCACUGCCAGCAAUGGCAUCCAGGAGGAUUUAAAGGUGGCUCCCGAGGAGGAGAUGCCAAAGGAUGCUACAAAGAUAAGUGUUGUGAAGGUUGUAGGAAGCAACAUCUCCCACAAACUCCGCCUCUCCCGAGUCAAGCUGUCUGACGAGGGCACCUACGAAUGCCGUGUCAUUGACUUCAGCGAUGACGCCGGGGCCCGUCACCACCGCGUCAGGGCCUACCUGCAGGUGGUGCCGCCUAGCGACAUCAUCGACAACACCCACAACAACAACUUUGAGGCUGUGGACGAUACCAAGAGAGGAGUGGCAUUCGCUGACGGGGACGAUGCAGAUUCUCUUGGCGGCGGAGGGAAAGAGCAUGCUCAUGGCCACCACCAGAAUCACGGGCCCCACCAGGAGCACAGCAAGCGGCCUUCGUCAUCGCCGGCUCACCACGGCCACAGUGGCAGCAGUCAGCAGCACAAGGCGGGCAGAGAGCUGAAGAAGAGGGACGUGGACAGUAACCACAGCCACAAUGACUGCACCAACGAGCCGAGCUGUGCGCUGUAGAUGUCGGCUCAUUACACCUGAGUGAUAGAUUACAUGAGGAUUGCAUAACGUGAUGUGCGUCACAGCAUAAAAAGCUAUUCUUCCCACACAGUGCAGGCCUGUGCACGAAUCCACCAUCCCUAGAAAUGUACAGUAUGGUUUAUUAGAGCACGGAGCUGUGAGCUGUGCAGGGAAUGUAGCUUUUUUCGCUGGGCCUGGGUCGGACUGCUCACUGUCUUUAAAGCCUGGCUUCAUGACAUUCAGCAUAGGGGGUGCUGACGUGUAGAUCCAGACAGCUCCACUGUUCCUGGUCUCAGCACCAACAAAAAAAAGACUCCUGCCCUCCUAUUUACCCAUGCUCUGUUCCACUCUUUACUGUAGACACGAUCCUGCUUUCAUGCUCAUACUUCUUCCACUGCCUUACUCUGUCAUUUGAUACACCCUCAGAAAAAGCAUAGGCUAAUAUUAUACCUUUUGAAACUGGGGAUAUCCAGUUACCCGUAGCAAAAGCUUCAUUACAUAAUUUUGUUCAUUCAAAUAAUGCAUGUAUUCAUGUCAUGAAUAUGGUGCAAAGUUUGUGUAAAUGCUGUCUUCAGCAGGAAUUCAUCAAAAUCCCAGAGCAGCAGAACUCAACAAGGAUGAAUAAGUCCUCUUUUCAUUUCAGUUGGAGUAAAUACAGUGGCAGUGUGGCGAGCAUGGGAUUUCUACAACCAUGUUUGUGCACAAUUCAAACAAGACACAUCAUAGGCUGUAUUUCCCUCCACAGCACUUUUGAGUUAAUGAACAUCAGUGCAACAGUGAUUUGUUUUUAUUCACCCCUUGUGCUGCAGGUUCGAUCAAUUCAUGGCUGUUCAGGCAGAGAAAUCAAUAGAAUUGUUCCACGUGGACGUCACCUUUUGGAGAGCCAUGAAAAGAUCAAAUCUGUAUAACUAAAUUAAAAUUCUAAUUUUGAAUCUGGACUAUAAAGGAAGAGAAAAAACAGAAUCUUGAUGCAAGGUGAUUCUGGCCCAGUGCUCAUCAAUCAUUUAAAAGCCUCAAUCCUCUCCACUACAAGCCUGUAAUCCACUCUGUAUAUAUGACUGUAUAAUAUGAAAUAAAGUGAGUGCAUGUUCAGCAAUUUUCUUAAAAAACUUUUUCAACCAACCAUACACAAAGACAGUGUUUUAGUUGAGAACGUUUUUUCUCAUUUAUUAGUUUGGUUCAAAAACAAUCUGUUUUUUUUCUUCACAGAUGUUUUCUGUUGCUUUUCUGCUCUCCAAAAGUGCUGUACAGACAGAUGAAUGACAUAUUCUCUUCAUAGCUGCUCAGACAGGGAUUUCCCUUAUGUAUCUUAGUACUUAAAGCAGUCUUUCUUAAUAAACUACUGUACUGGAUGUGCAGGGCUGCGAAUAUGAGUGUUACCAUACUUUCUUGAGCCUGGACACAGGAUUCAUUUCAAUGCAAUUUGGGACUUGGUCUAAAAAGAUUUGACAGGCUACUUUACUUUGCCAUUUUGUAACCUGAUGAUAAUCUCUUUGCAUAGAUGCUUGUGUGAAGCGCUGGCUGGGACAAAUCUGCAGGGAUCAAAUGGGACAAAGUGAUAACACGAAGCCUUUUCACCCUGUGAGAGUGAAAAAUAAGAGGAAGGUGCUGUUAGUGAAACCCUGAAAAUGUCCGUCCCUAAGUAUAGUCUGUGUCUCAAGUCCAUAUAGAGUGGCUUUGCUCCUCAGUGUCCAUCGGAGGAGAAGCAGUGCUCAUAGACUGGGAGUUCAUCGGUCAAUGGGAUUGUUUUUAAUCAACCUGUAACUUUGAUUUGAUGUUUUGUAAAGAAGAGAUCACUGUUAAAAAAAAAAGAGGCAUAAUGUACAUUUCUUCUAGAAUGUUUGGUCUCACACUAAGUGUAUGCCUUUAUCAAAUGAAAUAAAUUGUAUAUGAAACAACAGGGAAUCUGUUCUCAUUCAUUUAGAAAUGUGAAAAUACUCAUUCAUUCAGUCUCCUGAAGAGUCACAACGUAUUUUUAUCUGAGGGUUAUUAUUAUUAUUAUAAGGUGUUUGCUCAGGUCGAAGUAAGCUGUGGUUUAGCUCUUAGCUGCUGUGUGUGUGUCUGUCCAUGUGCGUUAAGGAAAAACGGUAUUAGGCGGUGUGUGUGUUUAAUAGGUGCUGCCAAACAAUCUCCCCCCACUCCUCCCAUUGCUGCUGAUGACUAAUGGUGCUAUUGUCAGCCCUGGCAGCAGGAUGAAUAGCAACAGCACAGGACGAGAUAAAGAGGCACUGUGCUGCGCCCGCUGGAGUUAAGUUAGGCCGGCUUAAUACAAAACGUGUGGCAAUCUUGUUCACCCCCACAUGAGGAGGCUCGAACAUUCAUUAUGAAGCAAUGAGGUGUGGAGGCACCGGGCUGUGAGGUGAUGCGAUAAUGGAGGGGGGCUUCCUGUUUCCUUCACGUACAUAUGUCUGAAACCCUGUAGGGCUGAGUGAUCACAUGUACAAUGAUAGAUUGCCAAGUGUCAAGGAUUUCUCUAGUUACAAAAUCUUUCACCUUCUGGUGGCACAUCAGCGUGGUGUGGGGGGGCCAGGGUCGCUCAGAGGUUCAUGAAGGCAUCACCUAACAGGGCAAGAGUGCAUCCACCCCCCCCCCCAAUAGAGUGUGGUUUUAUUUUGUAUUUUUCUAAUUGUAGCAAAUUUGAUGAAAAGCAAACGAUGGGUUAGUCCACUGGUUUCUACUGAAGACGUGCACCUUUAAAAUUGUAAUUCCUUUAGGCAAAAUCAAGAAAAGAGUAUACAACAAAGUUAAUACAGGGCAGAGAGAAAUCUCAUAAAACCAGUAUGAUUUUCUCCACUCAAUGAAAGGCAAUAGUAAGUUAACUUUAAAAUGAAAAAGAAGACUUUUAUAUAAGUGAAAGUGUCACAUCGGAUCCUGGGUCUUAAAUCUGGGGCCACUUUGUCUUGAAAGAUGUUUGAACCCCACCAUACAUAUAUUGAAAGGACAUGUAAAAUAAGCCUGUUAUUAUUUAAUAUGUACCUUGUAAUGUCAAAAGUACUUCAGAUCUAAUGAAACUAGAAUAAGUUCCAUUCACUCUUAUCUCUCUCUCUCCGCCUCUUCUAAUCAGCUGCCUGUCGGGUGUUUACUUUAAUCAGAUUUUGCCAUAAUCUCAAUCUGCCAAUCAUGUCAUGUCAGUGGUGCCAAACUUUAAAUCUCUUCUCCUCUCUGUCAGCUGUAAUCUCAGUGAUUUGCUGCGACCCUCCUCCUGCCCAGUCACCUCCAGUCUCCAAAUCCAGUUCCCACUAAUCCCAUCAGAUCCUCAAUAUUCUCUCGAUCCCAUCAACCACAAGUGUACAGACCCAGGACUGUUUUCAUAUACUAUGCAGC